AUGUCCUACCCCGAUCUAUCUACCAUUCUCGAAGUCUACCCCGAAUGCGAGACCACCUGCUACGGGUACGCCCCAUCGCAACGGCGCCGCUGCAGAAUGCGAACAAGAAAAGACAACCGAGACAGGGCUUCGUACAUCCUCAAAGAGGGCACCAGAUUCCUCCAGCACGGCCUACCCGUCGACGGUCUGCUCAUCGAGCUGGCCCCGCUAGUUCUCUGCACACGCUUCCACCAAUACCAGGCAGACGACUUGGUCCGCGACUGGCGGGCUAAGCUGCGGGCGUUCCAGCAGCAGACUCUUCUGACUGCUAUGUUGAAAUCGCUCCAAGAGCUUGUGGACAGUCGGGCGCGUUCGCUUGCUGCUGGGUCGGCGGGUCAGCGUUUGUCAGAAAGGGCUUUGAGUCCGACACGGUUGGAGAGGUCGGCUGCUAUUGUAACGGAGGAAGAACCGGCCGCUAUUGACAGAGAGGAAGAGGAGGAAGAAAGAGAAGAUAGGGAGGACGUGCCUGAACCCGAACCCGAACCAGAACUUUCUCCUAGCCGGACAUCUACUGAGGCUUCGUCGCCAGCCGUUGAGUCUCAUGUAGCGGAGCCAACCAUCCCUCAGAGUGAGCCCAGAAGAACCACUCGCAAACCAAUUGAAGGAGACUGUGAUAUCUGCCUGUGUCCUCUACGAGGACAAGACAGUGAUAAAGACGGCGAGCGAUCAGAAGACAGCGACGACGAAAAUGAUAAUGUUGUGCCCGACACAGCGUCCGACAAUGAACACGAUGAAAACGCAGAAGACAAUCUUGACGACCUUGUAUAUUGCAAAAAUCAGUGCGGUACGAACUACCACAAAGCCUGCAUCGACGUGUGGCUUGCAACUCAGCGUACAUUUCGAACCCCGCGUGGGGAUCCUAUCGGCCUGUCCUGCCCGAACUGUCGAGCAGCGUGGUCAUCCUGA